AUGCGCCGUGCUAUCCAGCGACCGCUCCCAAGACCCGCCACAGUUAACAAGGAGGCCACCCAACAACGGCACAAUGGCAGUGCUCAGCGACAUGUGGUCCAGGCCGAGAACCAGGUCUCGCCACGGACCCAACGGACCCAGCAGAAGAGCACAUCAGAAGGACUUGGAGCAGUCAACCGGAAUACCACUCCACCUCCUGCUCCCAGUCUCACUGUUAACCACGAACGCGGCCGCUCCAUCCAUCGCCAAAUCCUCAAGCCCAAGCCCAAGACACCCAACGUGACCACCCCGACACCUAUACCGCCUACUUGUGUUAUCGUCCCCAAGCCCCAAGUCAAGCCCACGCUGUGGGAAAACCGCGCGAGGGCAGACAAGGCCAGUCGCGUGUCGAUUGAAAACUGGGUGAGGCAGGUGCACGCCGCCACUGUUGCCGGAGGCCGCGGCGGUGGGCUGGUCCAUGUCCAGGUGGGCGUUUCGAAGAGGAUGUAG